AUGAGUUCGUUACAAAAAGAUGAUUACGAUGAUGAAGAAGAUGAAGGCGAAAGAAGAGAGAAGCAAAAGGAGGAGAAAAUAGUAUUAGAAUCAUCAAUCAGGUUGAUGAUGAUUAAGAUGAUGAUGAUGAUGAAGACGAUGACGACGAUGAUGAAAGGUGAUGAUGACCGGUCCCAAUCUUCAUCACGCAUCGAAAAAUCUUCCGUGUGUAAAAUAAGAUAUAGAACAUCAUCGAAAACGCCCGCAAUAGUAUCUCGGUUUCUUUCCUCACGCCACGGCUCUGGCGUUCUCUUGAGCACUGAAAAGUAUGCCACCGCUAAUGAGAUAGAUGCGUUCAAUCGAGAGGAUUUCUUCGUGUUGACGGCGGCUCACGUCGCUUCCAUGGCAGGUACAAGACGAGAUGGACUCGAAUGUGUUUUUCCUUCAGAUUUUAAGAAGGAAAAAGCGGUUUCGGUUCAAGCGGAAAUCUUUAGCGUUCACGAGCGACUCGAUUUAGCGCUUCUACGAGUCGUAUCUUCGCCUUCAUCUGUCUCCUCUGUCUCCUCCUUAUUGUCUUCUCGUGGGUUAGAGUUGCCCCAAAAGCGUAACGAAAAGAUGAAGGAGACCCAAAGAGUUCGAGCGUUUGGGUAUCCCAUGGCGUACGCCAAUCCAUUUUUUAGCCUCGUUGGGGACUCGGAGCAGUCAAACGGUGAAAUCAUAGGAUAUUCGGAAGAUUGUACGCACAUCGCGCACACGUCAACCGUCUCGAGUGGAUGUUCGGGAGGUCCUUUACUCGACGACGAUGGUUACGUUUUGGGCGUACAUUCUUUCGGCGAUAAAUUCUACGGCGGCGAAGCCGACGUGGCGGCGUGUUGUUUCGAAAUGGAUUUGAUAGAUAUGUUGAAUAAACCCGCUCAAUCACCCAGCGAUUGGGACACGAGCACAAUUAACGAAAAAAUUAUGAAGAGCUCGCUGAAAGCGAUGCGAGAAAUCUUCCCAGAUAUUCCCGAGAAGGAAGCGAAAAAAUGGAUUCUAUGA